AUGGCAAAUUACUGGGUCAGUAAUUUCUCCUGGUUAAACCACCUUGCUCUACAUGAAGAACGUCUCAGAGGGUACUUAAACAGCACUGAGGAUUAUUUAACCUUCCUGUGUGGGCCCAGACGGAGCCACCUCUUCCUGCCCAUGGCUUUGGUGUACUCGGUGAUCUUUGUUGUCGGGGUGGUGGGGAACUUUUUGGUUUGCCUCGUCAUCCUCAAGCACCGCAACAUGAAGACCCCGACCAACUAUUACCUGUUCAGCCUGGCGGUCUCAGACCUGCUGGUGCUGCUUUUCGGGAUGCCCCUGGAAGUCUACGAGAUGUGGAGCAACUACCCCUUCCUGCUGGGGCCCGUGGGCUGCUACCUGAAGACGGCUCUCUUCGAGACCGUGUGCUUCGCCUCCAUCCUGAGCGUGACCACGCUGAGCGUGGAGCGCUACGUGGCCAUCCUGCACCCCUUCCGCGCCAAGCUGGCCAGCACGCGCCGCCGCGCCCUCAGGACCAUCCUGGCUCUCUGGCUGCUCUCCGUGCUCUUCGCCCUGCCCAACACGGGCACCCACGGCAUCGUGCUGCAGCACUUCCCCAACGGCACCCUGGUGCCCGGCUCUGCCACCUGCACCGUGGUCAUGCCCCUGUGGAUCUACAACUGUAUUGUUCAGAUCACUUCUUUGCUCUUCUAUGUGCUGCCCAUGGGUGUGAUAAGUGUGCUGUACUAUCUGAUGGGGCUAAGAUUGAAAGGAGAUGAAUCUUUGGAAGUGGAGGAAAUGGCUGUGAAUGUUCAGAGGCCAUCCAGGAGAUCAGUCACCAAGAUGUUGUUUGUCCUCGUGAUAGUUUUUGCCAUCUGCUGGGCUCCAUUCCACAUAGACCGACUUUUCUUCAGCUUUGUUGUGGAAUGGACUGAGCCCUUGGCCAAUACCUUCAACUUAAUUCACGUGGUGUCAGGUGUUUUCUUCUACCUGAGCUCUGCCACAAACCCCAUCAUUUACAACCUGCUGUCCCAGCGCUUCAGGAUGGCUUUCCUCAGCGUGAUUUCUCCUUGCUGCAAGCACUGUGCCCCUAAACAUCCCACUUGCAAGAUUUCAUCCCAGAAGAGCAUGUUUGUGAUUGAGGAUCACAAUCUCAUGGACUCUGCUGAAAACACAAGUCUCCCUGGCACUCACAGGACAUCUGUCAGCAGCUCUCAGCUCUCCACUGGCCUGUGA